AUGGCCAUACUGGAAGUCCUGAAAUGGACUACGUUCAGCACUACGACUGAGGAAUCGACUUCAACAGAAGGCAAAGCUGGAGUGCCGAGGUUUGAUGGAGACCCAGCACGACUCAGCGAGUACGCCUUCAGGGUUCGCCUUCGACAGGCGAGGGAGCUCAGCAUGGCCGAGGACGAGGUGAAGAAGCUUGGACCUCUCGCUCUACGGCUAGUUGAUGGACUUCGUGGAGCAGCUCUUCAGGUGGCGCGCACCUUGCCCGUCGACGAGCUCGCCAACAAGGAGAAAGGAGUGGAAUUCCUGCUGAAGAGCCUGAAUAGCUCCUUAGCACCGAGGAGCAAGCAGGAGGCCAGGGAUCUGUACCAAGCCGGGGCACAGAAUGGCGGGAUUCUCAGCAGACAGCGUGGAGAAUCCAUCGCCAGCUACGUUCUGAGGAGACGUGCCUGGUACAGAAUGAUGACGGACCUGGACCCAGACCUGAAGCUCCCACCAGGGAUCUUGGCCGAGCAGUUGCUGAUGAAUGCAGGGAUCAGCGAUGACCACAGGUUGCUGAUCAGGACGGCCAUCAAGGGCGACAUGGACUGGGAGAAGGUCUGCGAAGAGCUCGUGGCCCAGCACAGCAGGAUUCACGAGAAAGAGAAGGGCAGCAGUUUUGGAAAGGGCUACAAGUCCUCAGCUUUCAAGGGCUUUGGAAAAGGGAGCAACCCUUCCAAAGGCAAGUGGCGCUCCUACUUCGUUGAGGAUGACGACCAGCAGGAUACAUGGGAGAGCGCUUCACAGUCCCUUGGUGGCUACGAGGACUACAUCGACGACACCACUGUGUACCAUGCCGAGACUGCGGAGCCCUACAUGGAUGACGGCGACCCCAUCCACAUGGCCUACCAGGCAAUGGUUGAUGAAGGUCUUGAUGAAGAAGACCCAGAGGCGGUCGAGCAUGCGGCCGACAUCCUUCAGGCGGAAUCAGAGGCCUACCAUGCGCGGUUGCGCGCACAGUCCACAGGCCACUAUGGCUUUUGGGGCAAGGGACAUGGCCGACAAUUCCAGGUACAUGGAAGCCUGAGCUUGGAGGAAAAGAGACAGCGCAUCCAGGCACUGAAGUCAAAGUCCUCUUGCCGGCAAUGUGGACAAGUUGGACAUUGGGCAAACGACCCGAUCUGCCCGAAGGGAUCCAGAAAAGGGAAAGGCAAGGGAUCUACAACGUCUACGACAAGUACGGCAUCGACGAAGGGAAACAAGUCCCACAAAAGCAAGGGAUCAGAGCCCAAGCAGCGCACCGUCUACUUUGCGAUCAAUGAGUAUGACGAGCACACCACUGCAGACUCCAGCAGCUACAUGGUGACAGGCAACCUGACGGAUGCAGAGAAGACAGCAGAUGAGAUGCUGGAUGCAAUGAUUGCCCAAGCGCAACUGGAUCGAGACCAUCGAGAUCGAGCUCAUCAAGUUCCCAUGAGGCUUCAAGCAGGACAAGUUCACGGAGUUCCACAUCAAGGACAAGAUCUACAUGGUCUACCUCAUGGACAUGCUGGACAAGAUGGACAAGGACAGCCGUGGCAAAUGGUGGCACCCUUUGCAGUGGAGAACAUUCCAUUGGCACCUCAGAUGAUGCAGAGGCUGCUGAAUGAGCAUGAGAGGCUGAUCAACGAGCCUGAGACCCCAUUCUUCUCAGCCUGGGGAUGCUCACCUGAACGAAGGGCCUAUUUGGAGUACUACCUGGAGGUUGUCAACGACCACACAGAUCCAGAUUGGCAAGAUGCGUAUCAGGAGAUGUGGAAUGAGCGAGUGCCAGGGCAUCCACUCUUUUGUGAGUCCGACCGCAUCAAUUUGGUGAGGUGGGAUGCAAAGGCGCGACAGGGAUUGCCUCAUCUACCAGCACAUGUGAUGAGCCCCAUACCCGAGGACGAGAUGGACAGAGAUCUCUUUGAAGAUGAUCAUGACCGAUCACAAAGGCUGCGCAAGAAGUACGGCAUCGACCCUGACCAGACACCAGGGAGCCUGAUGACACCAUCUACCCCGACAUCUACUGAAUGCAUCCAUGCCAGAACCACGACGCAUGGAUCCAAUGACCGUAAGAGGAUCCUGAAGUGCAAAGACUGCGGCAUGGUCUUGCAUGAGGAGAAGCUCACACCUGCGGAGAAGAUGAAGACAACAUCUCCCAAAGAAUGCCCUCACGAUGACCGUGACUACAGAGGCACCACCGGAAGCACAUGGAAGUGGAGAUGCAAAACUUGUGGGCACACCGCAUCAGGUGAGAAGUCUCCUGGAGAAACUGCCCGAGCCGCCAGUGCCAGAUCAGAAGGAUCUGUAUCGCCAGCUCCGACGACGCCAUUGAGGACGCCUCAGGUUUCACCUGGCUCUACGAUGGCAACAGCGCAGGAGGACUAUGAGGUGGACAGGAUCGUCGACCUGGUGAGGCACGUGGUGGAUGUUCAGAGAGAAAUGGGGCAGGUGAUCUCGCUCAACCAGCUGGACAAGAUCUAUGACAGGUGCCGCAGUGCAGUGGCCAAUGAUCCUCGACGACAGCAAGCUCAACCAAUGAGGUCAAGAAGUGGCAGUGCAGCAAGAUCUUCAGCACCAGCGGCAGCAACACCAACUUCGGUGGCACCCUCUCCAACGACUCCUGGCCAAGCUGAAGAUGUGCAUGCACUGGAUGACAAGAUCCUGCAGUCAGGCGCUUACUAUGGGCGCACCUAUGCCAAUGUCUACUGCAAUGAGAUGAACUACCGCAAGGCGAUGAUCGGAAAGCUGAAGAAUGGAUCUUUGAGCAACCCCCACAUCAUCGACUUUGCCAAGUAUGCGGCCCGACGACAUGAAGAAGAACAUUCAGGUUCGAGAGCCUACAUGGUGGCUGAACAUCCUGGACAAGUGGAUGAAGACCGCAUCAUGGCAGUCCUCGACACGGGUUGCAACAACACCUGUCAUGGUGACAGAUGGAUGAUAAAGUACAUGCAGAAGACCGGCUUCAACCCCAAGGCAGAGAUGGCCGACGGCAACUUCAAGGGUGUUGGAGGCCGAGUUAUGGUGGCUUGCAAACGAGAGAUUCCGAUCCACCUCAAGAGCUUGGAUGAUGAGAUGGUCCCAGGUACAAUCACCUCAGUGGAGCUUGAAAACUCAGAUGCUCCACUGUUGCUCAGCGCAGGUGCACAACAGCGAUUGGGCCUGGUGAUUGACAUGGGGAACCAGACGAUCUACAGCAGGACUCUGGAUAAGGAGCUGGAGCUGAUCAUGCAUAAUGGCCUGCCUUCGAUCGUGCUUCAUCCUGGAGAACAUGGUCUUGGCAACAUCGUGCUCGCCGUCACCGAGGAGCAGAUUGAUCUCAAGGACGUUGCACAGAAUGACGAGACUUCUGAGGAUGAAGACAUGGCCAAGUAUGAGGACAAGCUCUCCAAUGACGAGUUGGACAAGAUCAAUCGUGGUGGCAGCGACUAUAUGCCCAUCACCGAGGGCAGAGUCAAGGUGAUGACGCGUAAGCAACGCAAACACCUUCAAGAAUCACUGGAAGAAGUGGAGAAAGAAGACUGCGCAAUGUGGUCCACGCUGUCACCGGACUACAAGAGGCCGAAGAGAAUGCUGCCCAGGGGAUGUAAGUCAUUUCUCAUGGAGAUCUUCGCUGGUGCGGCGACCCUCAGUUGCCUUGCUGUCAACAUGGGCCUUGACAUCUCGCCGCCCAUCGACAUCGCCUAUGAUGACAGAUACAACCUUUUGAAGAAGGCGAACAGAGAUCACCUUGAGAAAUUGAUUGAGGACGAAGACCCUUUCUUGCUCACACUUGCCCCAGUAUGUGGACCUUGGAGCAGCUGGCAGUACGUCAACAUGGCCAAAGAUGAAAGCACCAGGGAGAAGAUCAUCCAGCAGCGCAAAGAAUGGUACCCUGUCCUUCAGUGGGUAGCCAAGAUCGUCAGAGCGAGAUUGGCAAAAGGCCGUGAAGUGCUGGCUGAAAACCCAUGGCCAUCGCUUCUAUGGCGAUUGCGUUGUGUGGAGGACCUCUUCACGGAGCCCGUCUACAACUCCAUCACGGACGAGCCCCUGGAGCUGGUGAGGAUUGACCAAUGCAUGUAUGGCCUCAUGGAUGAGGAGACAAGUCUACCAGUCCAGAAGGCCACAGGACUACUGCUCUCAUCUCGCAAGAUGAAAGAGCUCCUUCAACUACGUUGUGAUGGGCAACAUCUACAUCAACGACUUGAAGGAGGAUCGAGAACGAAGAAGGCUGAGCAGUGGCCUGAGAGCCUAUGCUUCUCCAUUAUCAUGGGUGCGGUUGAGGAGAUGAAAAGUCAAGUGGUGCAACUUGCAUUUGCGACCGAAGCCGCACAAGAAGAACAAGAAGAAAUGGGUCCGCUUGAUGGAAUUCAUGGACCUGAUGACGCUGAGGAGAAGUACGUGGACAACACCGACGAGAUCGUGGCGCACAAAGAGAAGGUGAGAAGAGACAACUGGCUGAAGAUCAGCAAGGACCAAAGAAUAGCCUUGAGGAGAUUGCAUGCGAUGAUGGGCCAUUGCUCAACGGAAGCCCUCAUCCGCAUGUUGCGAGCAUCUGGCUGUGACCGACGAGUCAUUCAAGCAGCCAGAUACUUCAGAUGCCCGAGCUGCGAUGAGAUCAAGAAUCAAGAUCGACCACGAGUUGUCAAACCCAUGAAGGAGCCCCACCAGAUGCAGUUCAACAAGGAGGUGUCGAUUGACGUCUUCGAACUCCACGAUGCCAUGGAAGCUCGACACACGGUGCUGAGUAUGGUGGAUGUGGCCACGCACUACCAGAUCGCAGUGAGACUUGGAUCUGGAGGAACACCGUCUUCGAAGAUUUGUGCUGAGGCCAUGAACCAGUCUUGGUCCACACCUUUUGGUGCACCUGGAGCUGUGGUAACUGAUCAAGGAGUUCACAAUUCUGGAAAAGUUCGAGGGCUACUUUUGGCACAUGGCGUGGACAUCAGAAGAAUUGGUGCACAAGCACCGCACCAACUUGGCAUCGGCGAAAGACAUGGUGGUUUGCUGAAGGCCAUCAUGAAGAAGGCCAUUCACAACAGACAACUGGCCGGUGCUGAAGCGAUGUCAGCCUUGUGUGCCGAAGCAUCGCGUGUGAAAAAUGUGACAAUCAACCUGGGAGGUUUCAGCCCUGCACAGUGGGUCUUAGGACACACACCAACUGAUUGGAGCAGCUUGGUUAGCCAUGACGGAGAAAGGCAAUUGGGUCUACACCAGAACUUGGUUGAUAUGGAGGAGGAGAAGACCCCACAAGAAUCAUUUAUGAUUCAGCUGCUCAUUCGUCAAGCUGCCAAGGAAGCUUUCAUGCAGGUGGACAGCUCCCAGAAGAUCAGAAAAGCGAUGCUGCGCAAAGCUGCACCCAUCAGGGGACCAUAUCGUGUGGGCAACAUGGUCAAUUUUGAGAGAAAAGGAAAGUGGUAUGGACCGGCACGCGUCCUGGCAUAUGAAGGACGUGCCUCACUGUGGUUGGUCCAUGGCGGUGUGACCAUUUUGGUGGCAGAAACAUCGUGCAGACCAUCUUCAUCCGAGGAGAUCUUCAAGAAGAACAUCCUGGAGCAACGCCCGAUCAGAAAGAGAAGAUAUCAAUUGAUAUCACCAGAUGAAGAGGAGGACAAUCCAAUGGAACAAGUACCAUUUUCAAGAGAUGGUGAUGAAGCGAGGCAUUUGCGGCCAAAGUUUGAUGGACAAGCACCCUACGUGGACGUGGCCGAUGCCCCGACUGUGAUGCCAUUGGAAGCCCCUGGACAAGAACAUCCAGCACCACCUGGAAUGGCUGCUACCCCAGGAGGAUUUGCUGAUGGAACCGCUGAUCAUGGUGCACCACAACUUCCAGAACUGCCUGAACCAUCUCCAGAUCCAGAUUUUGAGGUGUUUACACCACCUGGAUUAGAUGAUGAUGAUUUGGUGCCCAGCCUAUCGACCAGCGACACGAGCGGCCAACCGGAGAAUGAGGUGAGCCCGGAGACUACUAUGUCUGAAGUGACCUCAACUUCCAAUGCAGCACCUGGACUACCUCCUGGACUACCUCAACUUUCUGCUCUACCUGUUCAACAUCAACAACAUCAUCAAGUACCAGCAGGCACAUUGAACGAGGCACUUCGCGAUCCUGGACGUCUUGAUGGAUAUCCCAGAUCCUACGUGGCCUAUAAGGAGGACAAACAGUUCGCCUUUGUCGCGACCAGAGGAGACAAGAAGGUGACCACGAAGGUGAAGAAGUAUGCGAAGCGCAAUCAAAAGACCGGAGCAGGCAGAGAGGUGAUCUAUGACAAACAGGAGCCCGAGAUCCAGAAGAAGCUCGACGCAUCACGUCUGAAAGAAUGGAACAAUUGGAAGACCUACACCAAUGGGAAGUGGAUUUCAGAAGCUGAACUACAGCAGAUGAAGAAGGAACACCCUGAGAUGAAGGUUAUUCCAACGAGAUGGGUCGAAGUUGACAAAGCAGAAGUGGGACAAGAACCUGUGAUGAAGUCCCGCAUCGUUGUGCGAGGUGAUUUGGAAGAUGCCAGCCGGAUGAGAACUGACUCACCAACCUGCAGUCAGCUCAUGCUGUCAACAGUGUUGACAAUGGCAGCAUGCAGAGACGUUGAUCUCUGGGCCGGCGACAUCUCUGCGGCCUUCCUUCAAGGUUCAGCCAUGGACCGCAUUUUGGUGUUGAAGAUGCCAAAAGGCUUACCUGAAGAAGAUCAAGGAGAAUACUAUGUGGUCUCAACGACCGUCUAUGGCACCAAAGAUGGACCUCGAGGAUGGUACAAGAACCUCCACACCACAACGAUGAAGGUUGGACUACGACCUGUACCUCAUGAACAA